CUGCUGUGCUGCUGCGAUCGCCGCUGCUACCACUGCUGGUGAACGUUCCACCAUAUUUGAGUGUUGCGUAAAAUCAUUCGCAAGGUGCCGAGGGACGAGUUUUCCUCGAGAUCCCUUCUGCCCAGCGCAGUUCUCAACUUGACGAUGAACUAGCUCCUCGGGCACGGCGUUGGUGUCAAAAGAUGUCGACGACGGUUUCCCAAGCUCCUGUGUCGGGAGGAAUUUCGCUCAAUAACAUGGCAGAGCUAGACGCGAUAAUGGUGUUGGAAAUCGACGAAGACGAACUGCAAGUGCCGGAGGAUACCUUCAUAGUACCUGAACCAGUCAUCAUAAGAGGAGCUGGAAAUAUGACAGUAUUCGGCUUGAGUAACAAAUUCGAUACGGAGUUCCCGUCACAAUUGUCCGCCAAAGUCGCUCCCGAGGAAUUCAAGGCAUCUCUCUAUAGAGUAAACUCAAUCCUCCGGAAAACUUUGCCGGUGAGCGUCAAAUGGUUGUUCUGCGGCUGCCUGUGUUGCUGCUGCACCCUGGGAUGUUCGCUGUGGCCUGUAGUUUGCCUUUCGAAGAGGACCCGACAUUGUCUGGAGAAGCUCCUCGACUGGGAAAACUCUCAAUUGUACAACAAGCUUGGUCUCCGCUGGAGACUGGCGAAACAACGCUGUGAUACGUCCUCAAUGCUAGAAUAUGUUCUUUUGAUAGAAUUCAUUCCAAAGCUUAUCAUCCACAAGCCGGACUGAGGAUCCGGCCAAUUCUCAGUGAAGUAUAGCCGACCGUAAACGUUGGCUAGGAGCUUCGACAUAGGUAAUUCGAAGGGAAAUCGCGGCCGUCUCGACGCCGUCCUCAGGCACUGUGACAGGAGACCCUUUCUCCGGCAUCUGUCGCGUUCUUCCUCGAUAUUAAUUAUUUCAAGAUGCAGUCAAUCUCACUCUGGCGGCUGCUUCUCCCUCGUCAGCUCGCAUCAAUUCAGCGUUUGUACCUCGGUAAUUCGGUGGGCUAAUCUCGGUCACCCGACUUAUCGGUCGAAGAACUUUUCGAAAUAGUGAUCUCGGUGGCGGUUCUCUCUAGAGGUUGCAUUCGGUGCUCCUCGAGGUUUCGCUGGGAUCUCUCCAACGGACGUGGUCGGGACGAGGUUGGAUGAUUCAGUCAUGAGAGGAAUAUCCAUUCUUGCA